ACACUCCAAACAAAGCCGUGAGCGCGUGAAGGACUGAAUUGAACUCGAACCGCUGGACUGAACGGAAGCGGGUCCGGGUCCGGGUUCAGUACCGGUCCCUGUGGGGAAACUGUUAAACCGAAUCAUGAUUCAAAGCAAAAGGAAAUGCAUUUGGUUUGGUUUCUACAAGCGCUAGCGUCUGUUGGGUUCUGCGCCGUGGUUGUGAAAGAUAGGUGUGGAUAAAGAGAAAUUCACCUGUUAUGGUUCUCCUUAAUGGAAAUGGCCGUUAAACUCGGCGGAGGGGUUUGUUAGAUAUAUGAAAGGCGGCUUGACAGAUCAGUGGAAAUGAUGCUGAGGUUUAAACUCGAAUAGACGAGGAAAUUACAACUCCUGACUGAGCGGAGGAGCUGGAGGAGGUGCUCUGAUGCAAAAGCAGUCAUGUACAGCUGUUGAACAGAAGCUUUCAAACCCAGCACAUCACCACACGGUCGCUCUCGACAUGCCCUAUUCAUCCUCUUUUGUAGUUGUUUUAUCCUGAGCAGUGUUGCAGUGGAUCCGGAGCAGCUGGAAACAAAUCUCGUUGUCAGAUGGUGGAUCUUCUUGAAUGGGAAAUUCCUUUUGACAUUUUCUGACCCACCUAACCCCACUCUUCCCUCCUUCGCAAUCUCCUGACCAUUGUGAUCAUCAUGACCUCCACAGCCCAGCUUCUGGCCUUUAAGCUCGCCCCACCGGCUCAGGGUGGGAGUGGAGACAGUCUUUUGAGCUGCGACGAGGAAAUCGAGCGGCGCUAUGAAGUUGUCCCUUCUGUUGUUUGCUCUAUGUGCUGCCUCUUUGGCAUCAUCUAUUGCUUCUUUGGCUACCGCUGUUUUAAGGCUGUAAUGUUCCUGACCGGCCUGAUGUUCGGCUCCAUCAUUAUUUUCAUGCUGUGCUACAAGGAGCGAGUAAUGGACACGCAGCUGAGUGUAGAGGCCAGUGUGGGCAUUGGGCUGGGCAUCGGCACGCUGUGCGGUCUAGUUACCAUGCUGGUGCGCAGUGUGGGGCUCUUCAUGGUGGGCCUGCUGCUGGGCUUGCUGGUGGCACUGGCCUCCCUGGUAGUGCUGGAGGAGUUCUACCACCCUCGUACAGUGUGGCUUCCACUGGGUGUGCUGCUCGGUUCAGGCAUGCUGUUCGCUGUGCUCACGCUGCAGUGGCAGCGCUGCUUCACCACACUCUCCACGGCCGUGUUCGGCUCAGCCAUCGUCACCGUCACUGUGGAUUAUUUUGUGGAGCUGUUUGCACUCACACGUUACAUCUAUGAAAGGGUGAAAGUGGCACCUCCUCAGCCUGUGUGCUGGUACACGUGGGUGGUGAUGGGCGUGUGGCCUGUUCUCGCCCUGCUGGGAGUCCUCAUUCAGUGGAAGGUGACUGCAGAUGGAUACUCGCACACUGAAGUGUUCAUCAGUCAUCAGCAGAGGCGGCUGCAGCUGAUGAAGAUUCGCCAAAAAGAGGAGAGAAGAGAAAGCAGGAAAAAGAAGAAGAAACAGCAACAGAAACCUCCGCAGCAGCAGCAGCAGCAGCAUAAGCAGAAGCAAAAGUACCACCAUCCUCCCCAGACUAACCCUCAUGCCACCAACCCUCCUGCAAAAGCCCAGCAUCAGGAACCCACAUACCGCAGGAAACCCAACCCCACGCGCCGCUAUGAUGGAGACGUUCUCUCACCGAGCUACAUUCAGCAUUUCCGGGACAGACACGUGGACAGACGUGGGUACUCGCACGGCAGGUUGAUUAGCAGCUCUCAUACAGUGGAUAUAGACUAUGACUGCGGCUCUCAGGUCCCUCUGACUGCCCAUACUGGACCUGCAGUGAGAGUGUGAUCCUGCCCCCUUGUGUUCAGUGGCGGUGUUCCAACCAUGCCUGCUCCUGUGCAGUCCUCAGUUCAGAGUCUGAACGGAGAAGAAGCGUUUAUACAGUGGGCCCACAUGCCGUGGCUCUGCUUUGUUGUGUAAUAAGUGAUGCACUGGGGAGGAAUGUUUUUGCCAACAACCUUAUUCAUCAGGGCUCUGAGUGGAAAUAGUUUCUCACUUUCUAGAUUGAAAUUGUGUGUGUGUGUGUUGUGUGUACCUGGCCCUCCAUGGCUCUCCAGAUCAUUAUUUGACUGUAUGCUGUCCCUUGGCAAGCAGAAUGAGCUCAUUACUGUAACAGCCAUUUUAAAGAGGGGACAUUAUUCAGACUGAGCACUGGACCAAAUAUGGCGUAGCUCUGAAACCUUCCCAUCCACAUAAAUCAUACACGUUUACGAACAAACAACAUGUCUAACAGCAGACAUUAUAACUCUUCCUUGCAGGAGAGAAAUAUGCCCAGUUAUGGGGAUGCACUCUAUUCACCGGAACGUUGUUUACAGUACAGAUGAGGCCAUAGGUACCUUUACAGCAGCAGAAAACUGUGAGCUUCAUUUGUCAGGACUAAUGGCCCGAUUCUGUGCACUUUUACAAGGAAAGGCUCUUACAGGGCCUUUACUGAGACAUAUACUGCCAAGCAUGUCAAGCACUUGCUGGUGUUGGAUUACCUCAGUCAGGUGAUGUUGGGUGAACAAGGCACCAUUUUUCAUUGUCUGAAUUAAGACUGAAUUUAACUCUCAUUAUGUCCCAUAUGGCUUAGUUAAAGCUUCAUGCAGUGACUCCCAUUAGACCUGUAGGGGAUAAGGCAUUACCGGAUUACCCUAAUGAUGCAGGUAACACUGUGAACACUACGGGAGCUUUUGUGCAGAUGAUUUAAAGUGUCCUUGUCUACUGUGAAGGUUUUUCAAUGAGACCAAGGUAUUGACUGAACAAGAGUGAAGAUUUCAAAUGGUGGACCAGCCACAUUAAACAGGGAUAUUAUAUGUAUGUGUAUAUAUGUGUGUAUGUAUGUGUGUGUGUGUAUUUCUAUGUCUAUGUUUGUGGAGGAGGAAAAGUGUGCAUGUGUAUGUACGCAGGGUAUGAAAAAGGUGAUCGACGUGAUACUUUGUCAUUUUUGACUUUGGCAUUUGUUUACAUCCUGCCUCUUCCUCCUGUGGAUGCGAUGUCUUCAGUCUGGUCUGAACUCAAAAGUGUAAAGAACUGAAACACUCAGCCUCACUCUGUUUACUGUCUUUUACCACAGCAGCAUCUGUUGCUUCUGGACAUUUUGUACAUUUAGCUGAAUGCUGAACAUGUUUGUACAUAUUAUACCAGUAGUGUCAUGUUUUGUGCAUUUUUCUCUGAUUAAUACUUAAUUACAUCUGAAUGCUGAUGCAGUGUCAUCAUGAGUCUACCUGGUCUAUUUAUAUUUCAACAUUUUUGUUGUCUAAAAAUGACUGUCAAAUGGAAGGUAUGAGCAGGAGAAGAUGAGCCUUUGUUGCUUAUUAUUAUUAUUAUUAUUAUUAUUGCAUGUGUUUGUACAAACGUAAGUAUGAUAAAGUGCUUCUUUAUCUUUAUUCCGUAUGUGUGUGCUAUUUAUAUUUAAAUUUUUUUGCUCUAGCUCCACAUUAAGUUGAGUUCUCAUAUACAUUAUGAAUGCCACUGACUUCAGCCUAUGCAUCAGCCGUAACAUGUUCAAGUAGAGCUAUGAUGCGAAAUCAAUUUUUCUCUGGAAAUGAAAAUUGCAUUUCUCAGAAUUAAUUUGCAGAGAGGAAGAUUAAACUUCAGAUCAGCUUAGUGUUGCUGCUUCUCUUUAAAGGGCAGCAAACAUAGGAAAAUAAUGAGGUCUGUGAAAUGCAGUGUGACUGCUUGAGUUAUCAGAUUUCUGCACUAAAUUUUCUGCUCUACAUGAAAAAUGAAAAUAUUGACUUGGAAUAAUUCCCAAUUACACGUCUCGCAUCUAGGCAGAAAACAGUUU